AUGUCAGGUAGAUUCCUAACAGAUUCAUACAGUUAUAAAACAUUAAUUAAACAAUUUGAUUUCUAUUUAUGUAGAGUUGGUAGUUCAUUAAGAGCAAUUAAUAUUAUUCCACAUGAGAAUUCAGUUUAUUAUGUUAAUUUCUUUCAUUUCUUAUUGUUUGAUUCAGUUGAGCUUGUGCAAGUGAUAAGAGAAUGUGGAUAUCUAUUUAUUGAUGAGUGCCAGAAGGUUAAAGAAGAUCAUUUAACAGCUAAACAGAUUCUAAAUAUAACAUAUAUGGUUGCAAUAGAUAUAUUCAAGUUGAUACCUCCAAGAACCAAAGAUGAUUUCAUUCAUAUGUUUAUCAGUAAUACAGAAUUGAAUACAUUUAGUAUACUCUAUCUUAAGAAAUUCUCAAAGAUUACAAUGAGAUUGAAAUCAUUUCAUAUGUGUUUGACAAGAGAUGAUUUAGAUCAAUUUCAAGUAGAACAAUUAGAUUUAAGAUUCAAUAAUAAAAAUAAACAAUUAUCAUUUGAUGAUUUAUCAGAUUAA